AAAAUGUAAAUAAGAUUCAUUAUACAUGCAUGUAUAUACAAUAACAAUCAACCAGCACAUCCGGCAUCCGGUAUACAUACACAUAUACACAUUCACCAGAUUUAGAUUUGGACUCGACAUUUCUGCUGUUAAGGUUGCAGUUCUUGACGAAAGUGGACGGCAGAAGACAGUGAAACAAACGUUUUCUUUAGACGGCUCGAUGACAAUGUUUUCAGUACUUCCUCGUUUAAUUUUAAUGUUGAACUUCGGCUCUACGCUCCAGUUAAUGUUUGGGUUAGCAACAGUUUGCUCGGUGCUUCCACUUUGUAUUCUAAGAUACACGAAUAAAACUUCUGAUAAGAAAAAUUCGCUUGUAUCUCUUAAAAGCGGAAUGGUAAAAAACUGGGUCAGGAGGCUCUGGAUUCUUUCAAACAUCGACAGACUAUUCUUCCCGAUUGUUUUAUACCCGUUGUACUUAGCCGUGGGUCCUUGGUCAGUAGGAGAGCUGAUUGAAGGAUUUACCGGCGUCAUAUUCAUUUGGGGUAUUUUCAUCAAUGGUACUUACUUACCCGGCUCUUUCACGUACGGAUAUGGUUUUCUUCAGUUGUUCUUGUUCCAAGGACCACUCAUCAUUUUUACAGCUUAUUCGGUAGAUAAAAGGUUGUUUGGGAAAAGAGUUAUUCGACACAACAAGAUAACUAAAUGCGUCCUGUGCCUUAUAGAAUAUUUUCCUUUCUUGUUCAUAUUCGUCAGCCAAUUAUCCAUGACUUAUACGUUUUGGCUAGCGUACGGCACUAUGUCAGUGUUGCUUGGACCGAUGCGGAUUUGGCCUUUAGCCCUGACAAUUUGGGCGUGGUUCAAUGUGAACUCUAUGCCCCUGGCGAAAAUACGGAGUGCGGCGACGACGUGGACGAGGGCUUUGGAUGUUGGCCACUCAAUGACAUUUUCCAGUCCUGUGGCAUAACGGAAACGUGUUAUGAUUAAUGAAGGACAAUCCUAGUCAAUUCCACAUUCCUCUUAUGGAUCUUAAAUUCUUCCUACCUUGUAGUCAGUAAAAUAUUAAAUAGCAAA